AUGGUAUUAUCUAGCUCAUUAAUACCGUGGGAGCUUCAGCUGGGGCGUUGUUGGUUGCUUGAUCUUGGGAGAGAAAGGAAGGAAAUUGAAUUAGAGUGGAAUUGUAAUUCUAUUGAGCAUGCAUGGGAAGUUUUAAUAGGGUUGGCACCUGGUAGUGUUCAUCAUCAAUGCAUCUCUGCACUGGACUUGGUAGAUCAAGCAUCCAUCAUUGGAGGCACCAUCGAUUCUGUGAAAGAGCUUCAACACGAUUCACUGUCUCUUAUGGCCCAGAAAAGUAGGAAUCAAUGCGAUGAGGAAGGAUGUCAAAGUCCAAGCAGGUCUUAUGCCAUUCCCAAUGGCUUCUUUUCAUCAUAUUCUCCUUUGGAUAGGAAUGCCAAAUUUUUUGAACAGUCGGCUUCGAGUAAAAUUACUGCACAGAGUCAGUCUAUAGUGGUUGAUGUGGAGGUUACCAUGACAGAAGCUAAGGCCACCAUGAAGGUGUUGUCUCAGAAGAGGCUAAGGCAGUUGCAGUUGUUGCAUGCCAUUUCUGCGCUAUACAAUCUUGCCAUCUCCAUUUUAUACUAG